AUGAGAAAGCCUUCAGAAGAUUUAAAACCAUUUGAAUAAUAAAAUCGUCAUAAACAUAAACUUAUUAAUGAUUUAAAAUAAACAGAAAAUGCAAAUUAAUUCGUUGGAUUUUAUAUAAGAUUGGAAAUACAAACACAAGAAAUAAAUAGAAUGCUUGAUAUUAAUUUAAUAUAAUGA